AUGCGUGUGCGCUGGUGGCGCGCUGUGGUGCUUUGCGCAUGCGCCCUUGUGCUGCGCAGCCACGCCCUGCCUCCUGCCACCCUGGGCGAUGUCGUCGCCAACGCUGCUACCAGUCUCAACUCUAUGAAGGUGACGGGAGCAUGGCGACGCCUCUCAAGUACGGUCAGCGAGUCAGUGGGUCUGAAGCAUGCGUUACGUCGGCUGCAGGCAGUACCAGCGCGUGCGGCUCGGCUGGUUCACGCACUGGUAGAUCGCAUGCGCGUUGGAGGCGGGCCUAUUGUCUUCACGCAACUAGGAGCGCUGCGUGGACGCAAGCUUGUUACCAGGACUACAGCUCAGACGCCAUACUAUAGUUUUAAGGGUAUAAGAUAUGCCCAACCACCUCGAGGGUCUCUCCGGUUCCGGCCACCAGCCCCCUUGGAGCCAUGGUCAGGAAUACGGGACGCGUUAGAAGAGGGCGCUGUGUGCCCUCAUCGGUUUAUGCUCUUCGACACCUACAAGGGAGACGAGGACUGCCUCUUCCUCAACGUGUACACUCCCGCGCUCCCUGAUAAAAUGUCUGGGUACAAUCCAAAAUUAGCAGUAAUGGUCUGGAUACACGGUGGUGCCUUUGCUAUGGGCUCCGGUAAUGCGUUCCUCUACGGUCCCGACCAUCUCGUCGGUGCAGGAGUGGUGCUGGUCACACUCAAUUACAGGCUCGGCGCCCUGGGCUUCUUGAGUCUUGAGAACGAAGAAGUUUCUGGAAAUAUGGGUCUGAAGGACCAAGUGAUGGCUCUGAAAUGGGUGCGGGACAACAUUGAGGCGUUCGGUGGCGACCCGGCGCGCAUUACCAUCUUCGGCGAGUCUGCGGGAGCCGCCUCCGUGCACCUACACAUGUUGUCACCUGCAUCACAGGGUUUGUUCCAUGCUGCCAUUGCGCAAAGUGGUGUGGCAGUGGCUCCUUGGGCGCUUGCGCACGAACCUCGCGCACGCGCCUUCGAGCUAGGCAGGGAGUUGGGCAUCGACACCAACAACACCGCUGAACUGUUGGGCUACCUCCGCGCGACACCCAGCGAAUUGCUCGUCAAAGCGGGGGCUCGGUUGUCAAGUGCUCCAGGCAAGUCAGCUGACCUUCAAAGCACCGUGGCAUUGCCCUUCUUGCCCACACUGGAGCCAGAAGGACCCGAUGCCUUCCUCACCAAACCUCCCAAGGAAACACUUCCCGGCGCCGAUGUUCCGUUCCUUACUGGAUACAAUGCACAGGAAGGCAUUAUACUGUUUCGAAGACUCCAACGUUACCCAAAGCUGUUGAAUGAACUGGAGCAUGAAUUCCGUCGUGUGGUGCCGCCGGAGCUCCUACACCAUAAUGACACCAUCGUCGACAAGAUAUCAGACUCUAUCAGAGAAUUCUACUUCCAACAGAAACCGAUCGAAAACAGAAACAUUGACAACCUUAUUGACUUAUUCACAGAUGUGAUGUUCCUGCGGCCUGUCCUGGAGACGGUCCGCCAGCAAGUAGAGAGUAAUCGGACGAGUCCUACGUACUUGUAUCGAUUCGCGUUCGAUGGAGCCCUGGGGCUCUUCAAACGUAUGCUGGGCAUCACACACGCAGGCGCCUGCCAUGGCGACGAGAUGGGAUAUCUGUUCUACUUCUCAAGACUCAACUACAGAUUGGAUGACGAUUCUCCCGAGCUAGCUGUCUCACGACGCAUGGUGCAAAUGUGGACGAACUUCGCGAAAACUGGGAAUCCAACGCCGAGUGUGGACUACGAAUCAGUAGUUGACUUCACCUGGCCUCAAGUCAACAAUACGGAACAUAUCAGCUAUCUGGACAUCAAUGGUAACUUCACCGUACAGACGGACCCUGAAUCAAAGAGAGUGAAGUUCUGGAACUUUCUAUAUGAGAACUAUGGUGCUAAGCAAGAGGACACCACUAACUCAACUGUAGUUGACCAGUGA